AUGGCUUCAUCCUCCACCACCCCAACUCCGUUGCUCUACUCGUGUAUAGCGCACAACUCCACGAUCCUCACCGAGUGCACGACUUCCGCUUCAAGCCAAACGUCGUCCCUCGCAUCUCUCAUCCUCCCGAAGAUCGACCACUCGAGCCCCCAGAAGCUGACUUACACUCAUGGAACCUACCACAUCCACUACAUCGCCGAGGCCCCGUCGGAGCACGGCCAGUACUCCAGCGCCGGCGGGCUGACCUUCCUCGUGAUCGCCGAGUCGUCGCUGGGGCGGCGCAUCAGCUUCGGCUACCUCUUCGAAAUCCGCAAGCGGUUCCUGGCCCGCUUCCCGGCCGACGGUACCGACUUCGCCGAGAUGCCCAACUACGGCGCGGGGGCUUUCAACUCGGAGCUCAAGGGACUGAUGGUCGAGUACGGCACCACCGGCCACGGCCGCGACGACGCCAUCGGGAACGUCAAGCGCGAGAUCGAUGACGUGCGAGGCAUCAUGACCCGCAACAUCGAGGGCCUGCUCGAGAGGGGCGAGCGCAUCGACCUCCUGGUCGACAAGACGGAUAGGCUCGGGGGCAGCGCACACGAGUUCCGGGUCCGCAGUAGGGGCCUGAAGAGGCAGAUGUGGUGGAAGAAUGUCAAGCUGAUGAGCCUGAUGAUCCUGGUCCUGGUGUUGAUCGUGCUAUCGAUCGUCAUCGCGGUGAAGAACAGCGUCCCUUGA